AUGGUGAUAGCACUGGCUGCACAAAAUUCUUGGCCGAUUUUUCAAUUAGAUGUCAAGUCAGCCUUCUUGCAUGGAGAUUUGAAUAAGAAGGUAUUUGUUAAACAACCUUCUGGUUAUAUUAAAUUUGGACAAGAGCAUAAAGUUUACAAGUUAAAAAAGGCUUUAUACGGACUUAAGCAAGCCCCACGAGCUUGGUAUAGUCGUAUAGAAGCUUACUUUCUCAAAGAAGGUUUUCAGAAAUGUCCUUAUGAAUAUACCUUGUUUGUGAAAGUUGAAAAUAAUGGAAAAUUGUUGUUGGUCUGUCUGUAUGUCGAUGAUUUUCUAUUUACAGGAAAUGAUCAUACUAUUUUUGAUGAAUUUAAAAAAUCAAUGAUGGCUGAGUUUGAUAUGUCUGAUCUUGGAAGAAUGCAUUAUUUUAUGGGUAUAGAGGUUAUUCAAUCAGAUGCAGGUAUUUUUAUCUCUCAAAAGAAGUAUGUGCGAGAGAUUCUUAGAAGGUUUCAGAUGGAGAAUUGCAAUCCGGUUUGCACACCAGCAGAGACAAGUUUGAAGUUAGUAAGAGAUAAGAAUGGAAGAAAGGUUGACAGCACUUUGUACAAGCAAAUUGUAGGAAGCUUGAUGUAUCUCACUAUAACCAGGCCAAACAUAAUGUAUGUUGUAAGUCUCAUUUGUAGAUAUAUGGAGAAUCUAAAGGAAAUGAAUCUUCAAGCAGCAAAAAGAAUUUUUAGGUACUUGCAAGGCACAAGUGACUAUGGAAUUCUGUACAAGAAGGGAGAAAAGUCGGAUUUGAUUGGCUUUACCAAUAGUGACUAUACUGGUGACCAGGAUGAUAGAAAGAGCACAUCUAGUUAUGUUUUUAAGCUGUGGUCAGGAGUUAUUUCAUGGUCAUCUCGAAAGCAACCAAUUGUCACUUUGUCAACAACAGAAGCAGAACUCGUUGGUGCAUCAGCUUGUGUCUGUCAAGCCAUAUGGCUAAGAAAGCUUCUUGAGGCAGUUCAUUUCAAGCAAACAGGACUCUCAUCUACUGUGACAAUAGUUCGACCAUUAAGCUAUCAAAAAAUCCUGUUUUACAUGGGAGAAGCAAACAUAUUGAUGUUCGUUAUCACUUCUUGA